AGGGUGAGAUAUCAAAAUUUGUUUGCAGCAAGAGAUGUUUGGCUAAAGUUACAGUUACGUGUAUCGUGAGAUGAGGAAAUUGAAUUGGUGACUAAAAUUUAGGAAUUCAGUUGGACACCAAAAAUCUAAAUAAACGACAAAUGAGGGAUCGGCAAACAAAAUGAAUAUUAACAAGUGUGAAGAGUUGCAGUCUAAAAUCUUUGAGAAAACUCCAAACAGCCCAACACCACCAACUCCACGCCGAGUUACGUGUACUCCUCCUCCACCACCACCACUCCACCCAAUAACUCCGGCCUACACACUAUUCCUUCCCCAAAAUCCUUCCUUUCUCCUCCCCAUUUCCUCAUCUACUCAGCUAUGGGCCCCAUCGUCUUGACCCAAUUGGCCACCGGCCUCAGCGUUUUGGCCGGGGCUGUUCUCGUCAAACAGGUCAUGGAUCAGAACCCCAUGAUGGGUUCCGGCCGGAUUAAUAGAUGCUCCACCUGCAACGGAACGGGCAGGGUCACCUGUUUGUGCACCCGCUGGUCCGACGGCGAUUAUGGCUGCCGGGCUUGCGCCUGGCUCGGGCCGGAUGGCCUGCAACAGCUGCGGCGGCACCGGAACUGGCCGCCCCAUUCCGGUUCAGAUAGCGGUUCGCCCGCCCACCCCGCCCACCCCGCCUUCCUGAACAUCAUUCGGGUUUGUAGCAUGCUUUAUGUAAAAUGUAAUCUGUAUGUAUCCAUAAUUCUUCGAGAAGACGAGAGACGGAGAGAUAUGACUGUGGGAUUUGCUCUUAGGCUGUAACUAAAAUUACAAAAUUGAUAUAGAUUUCUGUUGAUAAGUC